AUGGCUGCAAUUACACUGUCUCAAUUAAGAAAGCAAUACCGGCCACCUACAUGCGACACCACUGAAUAUGGUGAUAUCGGAUCUAUCUUAAAGCCUAUCUUUCAAGCAUACCGAGGAAAUAAGGCAUUUGAUAAUAACUGGAUAAAAAUCCCUGUGUUCAACCCAGAACAUGCCGACACUGCCUUCUGUAUCUUUUUCAGCAUACAAGUCCUAUCAAUAAUUCGAUAUAAUCCAAGAUUGUUUGAUAUAGCCAUCGAUAGUUCUGGAUGGGCCUUUGUGGAUUACCUUAGUGAAAGUUUAAUAUCCAACCUUACCAUGAACGACACAAUAUCUGAAGCGGCUUUCAAGAUCGAUCUAAGAAUAAUUAACGAUGAAAUGAAGCAAAGAUACAACACUGAACACGACGUCGCCGUGCUAGAAACAGCAGCCGAAGAUGCUAGCAACGCAAAGUUUAAUCUCGAUCGUUAUAAAAUAUCAAUCGAAAACAAAGUUAUUCUCGAAAACUACUUGUUAGAUAGUACUUUACUGAAUUCUGUCAACUCUUUGCAAGUAUCUGAUCUUAGGAUUAAUUUCCUUAACACAACUCUUAAAGAACCUGGCUUUUAUCUACCUGACGUUAAAGACGAUAGAAGCCGUACUGUAGCUAUCGCAGCUGCUACUGUAGUUUAUCCUACGGUAGUCGCUGUACUUCGAGUAACAACUACAGUUAGAGACAUUACAAUAAACUACCAAACCAUGCAGCCAUUGUGUUUCCGAGACGAUUAUAUUUUGAAAAGCAACACCUACAAUGAGCAUUUAGUCGAUCAAAAAAACUAA